AUGGCCAUAGCACCUAAUUCCAAGUAUUUUGUUUCGCGAAACUCUCGUUCCCGUUCGUCCCAUAGAUCUGUGGCACACAGAUCUAUGUUCUCAAGCAUACUCGUCAAGCCUAUCACCUAUGCAGGUACUAAUGGUGACCAGGAAGGACAAUUCAGCCUUAUCCAUAUUCCAUUACCGUUAUAUUCCGCGCUUCUUCAGCCAAUCCUCCGGGUUCUGUUACCACAUGGCGGACCAACUGGAAGCGAGGAGCCAGAAGGACUUCUGGAAGGACUCUCUCUUGACAACAAGCAUGGUUUUCUGAACAUCUCUGUGACCCCGAUCGAAUGCAGCAUUGUGUGUCAUACAUCAUGGGCGACAAACGUGUUCGAGCCGGUGAUCAAGAAACUUCCGAAAGAGUCGCAGGCACGGGUUAAUAUCUCAAAAGAUACAUACAUUGUCUUUUCCGUUUCCUCUGCUGGUAUGGAGGCUGGGCAACGAGUGAUAGAUCUUACCGCACCCCUCGCCAUGGCCGGUAUUCCAAUAUUUUUCAUCACCACAUAUUAUACCGACUUCAUUCUCGUUCCAUCAAAAGAUCGACAAACUGUCGGGACAGCACUGUUAGAUCGAGGUUUCGAAUUUUCGGAGAAUGAUUCUGCAUAUGUUGCACCCACGACUGUAAGCCAUGUUCGGAAUUCAUCAAAUUAUUCAGACAAACCUCCACCCAAUACGCCGCCACCAACAAAUGUCGCCGAACUCCAAGCUCGAACUUUCAACCACCUUAGAAAACGGAACGUUAUCCCAUUUGUCGAGCCGAAUCUUACUCUCAUCCAAUGUUCAGGUCGGGAAAUCCUGCCUCCGUCACCACAGUACGGAGCAUCACAUCUCAACAAUACUCCUUCUUCAUGGCUCGACAGUAUGGAUCCCAAACUUUAUAUUGGUCUCGUCUCGGCAUUAGCUCAACAACCUAAAUUUCUCUCCGUCACACUCGCACAAGACGACGCUCCAAGUUUACUAGUCGACAAGAAUCUACUCUGGCUGUUCGGAAGUAGCAUCGUUGGGGACACAGAUUGCGAUCUCGUACCUAUAUUCCUCGAUCUAGGCGGUUUACCUGAGGGAAGCACUGGGAUCGUCUGCGGCGUGGCUGGCAAGCUGGUCGAUGAGAUGAGGAGAGACGAUGUGUUGAAUGGAAAUGGCACGAAUCAACAGAAUGGCAAUGUGGAACAAGGAGAGGGAGAGUUGAGCUAUCUUAGUACUGCUCGUGCUGGUGCGGUUGUUUUGAGUGCUGAAGGCAGUGUCAGAGCGCUUGACGUGCUUGCUCCUCUUCUGGUGAAGACUGAAUAA